UACCAAUUGAGUGACUGUCUAACCAGAACGCCUUCCACACAGCCCAAUUGGUCGUCCCACAAUGGCGCGUGGUAAUCAAACCUCGGAAUCUGUGGCACCAAUGCAACCGCCGCCGCUGGAUUUACCUGUCGCAGAGUUCGAAAAAGUCGAAGAGUCUUCAAAACCCGCCAAUAAUGGCGUCCACGACCACCAAAUGAAGGCUUAUGGAUUCAACGAUCUGUCGCACUAUCAAAGACCUGACCACUACGUCCGUCAUAUUGAGCCAUUGGAAUUGGACCUUGCCACCCAGGUCGAGUAUGAUAUGGAUGAACAAGACGAGGAAUGGCUGAUUGCCGUGAACGUGGAUAGGAAGAAGAUGGGGGUCGACACCGUUUCUUACGAGACAUUUGAGAUUAUUAUGGACAGGUUGGAGAAAGAGUGGUACAAUUUGACCAAAAACAUACCUAAACCCCAUUUCGAUAUGCCCUCAGAAGAUUCCACUUGUGCGAUAUGCGACGAUGCAGAGGGCGAGAAUAGCAAUGCCAUCGUGUUUUGCGACGGAUGCAAUUUGGCUGUGCAUCAAGAAUGCUAUGGUGUUCCCUACAUUCCCGAAGGCAUUUGGUUAUGUCGCAAAUGUAGCACCUCCCCAGAAACGCCUGUCGAAUGCUUUCUAUGUCCCAAUGAGGGUGGCGCGUUCAAGAUGACUGACCAUGGGCAAUGGGUUCACCUUCUGUGUGCCAUGUGGAUUCCAGAGAUGACCGUCCAAAACGAGGUUUACAUGGAUCCAACGAUCGCGUUCGAGGACAAGCUCAUGGACAGGAUGAAGAGACUGAAAUGUAGCGUGUGCAAAAUUCGAACGGGAGCAUGCAUACAAUGUACCAUCAAAAACUGUUACACGCCUUUCCAUGUUACUUGCGCUCGGAAAGAGAAAUUCCUGCUUCCCAUGAAAAAUCUUCAAGGCUCCGAACCGGUGGGAACCCUCAGAUGCUACUGUGACAAACACCUUACUCCAGCACAAAAAGCUGCUCGAGAGACAGCACAAACUGAAGAAGAACAGAGUGUCGAGAAGAUCUCUAACACUGCCCGUGCCCAUGCCAAGGCUUUUCAGACGGGAGCGCCUCUCGUUCCAUGGAUCAUUGUAGACAGGAUCGCCCAAUAUAUCGGGAGGAUCAACGUGCGCAAAAAGAUUGAUUUCAUCAUUCUCGUGUGCAAGUAUUGGAGUUUAAAAAGGGAAGCAAGGAGAGGGGCGCCCCUUUUGAAGCGACUACAUUUGGAGGCUUGGCCUUCUAGCACAAGAAAUCAGUUCCAAACUACCGCUGAAAAAACUCAGAAGAAGACGAUGCUUAAACGUCUGCGCAAGGAUCUUGACUAUGUCAAGCGGCUGUCCGUCAAGAGCUACAAACGAGAGAUGCGUAAACUUGAUCAGUUACACCUCAUUCAAGAUGUUCUGUCAAAAUUCAUAUUCCCUCAUGAAUCACGGCUACGCUCAGCUUUUGAACGUAUUGUAAGCGUCGAUAAAAGUGGCUAUUUUCAGAAUCCGGUUUCAAAGCUCUUGGUCCCCGACUAUUUUGACAUCAUCAGACGUCCCAUGUACUGGAAUAUAAUUGAAGGCAAAUUGGAUCGGCAUGAAUAUUGGGACUUCCAAGCAUUCAAAGAUGACAUUUAUCUCGUCUGCAACAAUGCCAUUGCUUAUAACAAGGCCGGAUCACCUUUUUCCAACACUGCUAAACGUAUUCUUGAUGUUGCUGAGCGCAUUUUCAAGGAGCUUCAUGAACAGUGUCUCCCUCCGUCAUCCCAAUACACUUCAGCAACGGACGCCAUGGAGGUUGACGUUUUACCGACACAGUCAACACCCUCCGUACUUGCCCCAGCAGAAGAUGAGAUGCAAGUAGACAACCCCGAAGCGGAAUCUGAACAGAAUACCAAUCCAGCGGCGGGUAUGAAUGCUAUGGAAGCUCAUGUUAUGCAUGCAAAACCCGAGAUUGGGGAUCUUGAAACGUCCCUUCUGAUGCUGGAACUCCUCUUAUCCAAAGAAGUGAUGCAGGAUGAUGUGCAGUACAUCAUCGAAGAGGAUCCCUUGUCUUCUCUCUUCAGUUACAACCUUGGUCGGAUAAAACCUCCCCCACCACCUGAAAAGAGGCCUGCUACCACGAAAAGGAAGCGUGAUCGCAAGGCUGAGAAUGCUCGGAGAGAGGCAAGGCGCGCUGAACAAGCGGCUCUCGAAGCUGCCAAUGCCGAAUUUCGCGCACCAAAGAGAAGUCGCCGUGCCACAUCGAAUACAACGGAUAAUGAGCUGGAUGAGCAAGGUCAGGAGGGUUCAGAUGGUCAGCUGAAAGCAACCUCAUCCACAUCGGUUCUGCAAUACUUGCCUAGCGGGCAAAUGAGCACGCCACUUUUGGUAGAUUCUGUUGGACACAGAGACUCAUUCCUGAUGUUCGAGGCCGGAUGGAUCUUGCCUGAGGGUCAGAAGCGUGGCGGGCGAUCAUCGACGUUGACUGCACCACAGCCAGCACCGCUGCCAUCGAAGAAGUCCCAGCAAAGGAGAAAGAGUCGUGCGAAAUCUUCUUUGGGCGUAUUCAGCACGGGCGAAUCCGAGAACCUGACGCUAAGCAUGGAGAGAAACAUCCUUCCUCAGGAUCUGCCAACCACUCCAAUAGAACACGUCGAAGAGGAAGUGCCAGCAGAAACCCCAUCGGAGGACGAUGUGAAAGAAAGGACUCCUGAAGAAGUGUCUGCGGCAGGGUCACCACAAGACAGACCGGACAUAGCUCUUGAAGGACACGAGGAGGGACCAUCAGAAGAACCUCUUGACGUCACAACAGAACCACCACUUACACCAACGGUUCUAUCGCCACAGCGUGAUUCUUCACAAACACCUCCAGACAUGCCGACAUCUCCCUCACUAUCAAGAUCCAGAAAUUUCUCUCCGUUGCCAGAAGAUAUGCAGAACCCUAUGCCUAUUGAUCUACCUGUUUCAGCGGUGAGGGAUGAGCCCAUGAUGGUGGACACCCGACCUACCGCCACCCCGGAUCGUACGGCUGGCAUCAAAUUAGAGCAAAUUGCCUAUGUUCUAACUGAUCAUCAAGCAGUUACCUCCGAAGAAACAGAAAUUGGGAAUGACGUCGAACCUGAUAGUAGAGUCGAAUCUCGACCUGAAGCUGAGGCAGAGAUCAAUGCCGAACUUCAUGUCGAUACUGAGGUCUGUACAGCAACAGUCGAUACCCAGGUUCGUCCCGAGGUCGGUCGGGUUACCGUUCAUCUCGAGGUCGACCAGGUACAUGAACCUGAGAUCGAGGAACCCCUUGAACCUGAGAUCAGCGAGGUCCUUGAACUUGAAAUUCACGAAGUCCGCGGAGCUGAGGCCGACGAGAUUGAUGCUCAACUUCCACAGGUGGACACACAAGUUCAUGUAGUUGAUACCGAGCCUCUAGCGGACGCCACGCAAUUUCAUGUCGGCACUCAGACCCUUCCAGAAGACAGUGAAGUCCAUGCCGAUCCUAUCCAGGACCGUGAAGGCGACGAUGACCAAACCCAGGCAGAGGUCGAAGUUCUUGAUAUAUCAGACGCUGCUUUGAGUGGCCAGGUCGACACCGAUGUUAGCACAGAACCAGAAGCCGAAGUGCAAAAGUCUCCAGAGGCAGAAGUCACGGUCCAAAUUGAAGCUACUCCCCAAAGCGAUGCUGCGUCCGCCCUGCUAGGUGACCAUGAUACGCCAAUGGCUGGCGUCGACACCCCGACUGACGCUAUUCACCUACCUGAGGUUGUGCCGGAGUCACAGUCGGAAGCUUUGAAUAUUGAGCCGGAAUAUCCACAAACAGAAGAUGAUAUUAUGUCUCACCAGGAAGAAGCAGUACAGUACAUUGAACCGACUGGAGAUGUUAGUGGUCAACAAGAAGACGUUGAGAUGGAGAAUGCUGCUCCAGCGGAAGUUCCCGUUCCGGAUGAGGUGGACGCGUCCGACAGGGUUGAGAUUCAAGCAGAUGGCGAUACUGGGACAGAGGGUGAUAUUCCAGCAGAGGUAACUGUUGUACCCGAGGAUUCUCCUAUUGCCGAAAUGACGAACGAGGUCCAGCCAGAGCAGGCCAGGUCCGACUCGCCGGAGGAAACAGCAAAGGGUGUUAAUUCGCCUUCAGAUUCCGAACAAGAGCUGAUUCGGAAACGAAUUGAAGAGGCCCGUCAAGUCAGAGAUCGGUAUGGUCGUAAUGUCGACGAUCUCAAGCGGAUGCCCAAUUACAACGUCAUCGAAGACCCCGACAGGGGUGGCUUCAUUGUUGAGGAAAUUGUCACACCCGAUACUCGUCGUGCAAAGAACAAGCAACGGAAGGCUGCGCUUAGCGAAGCGAUUCCGCCUUACGAUCGUACCCUUGGGAAUGUCAAUCUCAAACCUGGUGAAAAGUUGGAAAGCGGUACCUUGGUCUGGGCAAAAUCUGGAAGCUACCCGUGGUGGCCAGCGGUUAUAUACGACGAGGACCAUCCAGAGCUACCGGAGAAAAUUCUCAAUAGGAAAAAGGAGUUUGUGGCAAAGUACAAAAAGACGAAGCGAAUCAAAGAUGAUAUCCACUUUUAUACGGUCAAUUUCUUCGACAAGGAAAAGUCGUGGCAAUUUAUGACAGCGAAGCAUCUUAAAAUGCUGGGUGAGCAUAAAGAACUGGACGAAGAUAUGAUAUCUCCGACGUCGCGGAGACAGAACUGGAAGAAAAGUACUAAGCAGUUGCGGGAGUGCCAAGAAGCGUUUCGAAUUGCGCUCGAUGAGAUGGAAAGUGACACUGAGGGUGAAAAGAAGAAAGAAAUGGAGUUGAUCAAUCCAGAACCUGUGGCUAGCACGAGCAAAGAUGCAGGCCAGGAGCGCCCAGUUUCGGAAGAUGCUAACUACGAUGCCGAUGCCGAUGCUGACGCUGACGCCGAUGCCGAUGACGCUGACGCCGACGCUGAUGCUGAUGCUGAUGCUGAUGCUGAUGCUGAUGCUGACGCCGACAUUGACAUGGAUAUGAAUGUGAGUUGAGUGCAUGUAGGAUCAUCUGCCAUUUUCUUUUCGGUGUAUCAGUUUUCGACAUGUAUGUAUGAUGUAUUAUAUUCUUAGCGUUGUGAAAUACGUUUGUUCAG